AUGUCGGACGAGUUCGACGAGCAAAACUCCACAGCACAGCCGUUCAAAGCCAAGACCUUCUUUCAUCGUCUCAUCCCUCCGCCCGGUGAUGGUAUGAAUGUCCAAAUCGGUGACUACGUGGGCCAGACGAUACCAACCUCCUCGACCAGGAUCGACCGACCCGUCCUGGGAGCUCUCUACACCCACCCAACCUGCCCGCGUCAUGGCAAAGUGCCUCGUCAAUUGGUAUCCUUUGUCUAUACCGUCCAAUGCAUUGCGAGUGUCAAGGAUGGAUCGCGGCAGUGUCGCAACCGCACGUCUCACACGUCAAAGCGCUGCCAUGUGCACCGUUAA